GGGAGGAUCCCCGUUCUCACGGCCCAGCUGUCUGGUCCCCAGGACAACUCUGGCCUCUGGAGCCGGUUCCUGUGGUCGUUGCUCAGCAGCUGUGUCCCUCCCCCACCGAGUGCCCCAAACCUGGCUGGGACAGAGGUGGAUUCGGACCAUCGUCAGCCUGGAUGGGAGGGGUUGGGGUCACCACCUUGUCCCCUGCUGGCUCCUCGAGGAAUGGCAGCCCUGGCCCAAGUCCUGGUUGCUGGAGGGAGGAGGCUGAGUCAGCCCUGGAGCAUGUCAGGACCUGUGACAGGGACACUGGGGUAGCCGAGCUGGCUCACCACCACCCACGUCACGUGCCCUGCUGUGAACUUGAAGGGACAGGAGGGUGGGAAAUGGCCAAAGGCCGUGGCCAGGCCCACGUGCCCCCGAGUCCCCCAGCCCAGCACUGGGCACAGAGUUCUGGGAAAGCCCCGUGCUGAGGUGCAUUUUCCCGUCCCCCGGGAGCCAAGUCUGUCCUCGGGAGAGAUCAGGCAGCGGCCACUCUGCCUUCUCCUCCUGGCCAUCCUGGCCCGGAGCUCUCUGGGACUUGGCUAAGCCCCCUUCAAGGGCGUUUGAAGAGAGCAACCUCCUGACCGCCAAGGUGGGGACAAAGGCACAGGGCCAUCCCUGCCGAGCACAGCUUGGCCCUGUCAUCUCCAUGGAAUGUCACCUGUGGGGCCAGGCAGGCUGAGCAACUGGCUGUCCUCCAGGGAGGCGCCUCUUGGAGCCCUCACCUUGAGCCCCACCCCACGUCUGGAUGCACUCGAGGAAGUGGGGCGAGAACCCCCUGGGGCCCAGCCAGCACCAACGGACAGGGAAGGGCAGAGAAGGCCACCAUGGCGACACUCCUCUCUCAUCUGCAGCAGCGCCCUCCCCUCUUGCGCCAGGCCAUCAAGAUAAGGCGCCGCAGAGUCAGAGAUCUACAGGAUCCCCUGCCCCAAACGGCCCCGGAGAUCCAGCCUCCGUCCCACCACUUCUCCCCCGAGCAGCGGGCCCUGCUCUAUGAGGACGCACUCUACACUGUCCUGCACCGCCUGGGUCAGCCUGAGCCCAACCAUGUGACGGAGGCCUCUGAGCUGCUGCGGUACCUGCAGGAGGCCUUCCACGUGGAGCCCGAGGAGCACCAGCAGGCGCUGCAGAGGGUCAGGGAGCUCGAGAAGCCAAUAUUUUGUCUGAAGGCAACCGUGAAACAGGCCAAGGGCAUUCUGGGCAAAGAUGUCAGUGGGUUCAGCGACCCCUACUGCCUGCUGGGCAUUGAGCAGGGGGUCAGUGUGCCGGGGGGCAGCCCCGGGUCCCGGCAUCGGCAGAAGGCUGUGGUGAGGCACACCAUCCCCGAGGAGCAGACCCACCGCACGCAGGUCAUCACCCAGACACUCAACCCCGUCUGGGACGAGACCUUCAUCCUGGAGUUUGAGGACAUCACCAAUGCAAGCUUUCAUCUGGACAUGUGGGACCUGGACACUGUGGAGUCUGUCCGACAGAAGCUUGGGGAGCUCACAGAUCUGCAUGGGCUUCGCAGGAUCUUUAAGGAGGCCCGGAAGGACAAAGGCCAGGAUGACUUUCUGGGGAACGUGGUUCUGAGGCUGCAGGACCUGCACUGCCGAGAGGACCAGUGGUACCCCUUGGAACCCCGCACUGAGACCUACCCAGACCGCGGCCAGUGCCACCUCCAGUUCCAACUCAUCCACAAGCGGAGAGCCACCUCGGCCAGCCGCUCACAGCCCAGCUACACGGUGCACCUCCACCUUCUGCAGCAGCUCGUGUCCCACGAGGUCACCCAGCACCAGGCGGGCAGCACCUCCUGGGACGGGUCGUUGAGUCCCCAGGCUGCCACCGUCCUCUUUCUGCACGCCACACAGAAGGACCUGUCCGACUUCCACCAGUCCAUGGCGCAGUGGCUGGCCUACAGCCGCCUCUACCAGAGCCUGGAGUUCCCCAGCAGCUGCCUCCUGCACCCUAUCACCAGCAUCGAGUACCAGUGGAUCCAGGGUCGGCUCAAGGCAGAACAGCAGGAGGAGCUGGCCGCCUCAUUCAGCUCCCUGCUGGCCUACGGCCUCUCCCUCAUUCGGAGGUUCCGCUCUGUCUUCCCCCUCUCUGUCUCGGACUCCCCAGCCCGGCUGCAGUCUCUUCUCAGGGUCCUGGUACAGAUGUGCAAGAUGAAGGCCUUUGGAGAACUGUGCCCCAACACCGCCCCAUUGCCCCAGCUGGUGACUGAGGCCCUGCAGACUGGCACCACUGAAUGGUUCCACCUGAAGCAGCAGCACCAUCAGCCCAUGAUGCAGGGCAUCCUGGAGGCAGGCAAGGCCUUGCUGGGCCUGGUACAGGAUGUCAUCGGCGACCUGCACCAGUGCCAGCACACGUGGGACAAGAUCUUCCACAAUACCCUCAAGAUCCACCUCUUCUCCAUGGCUUUCCGGGAGCUGCAGUGGUUGGUGGCCAAGCGGGUGCAGGACCACACGACGGCUGUGGGUGAUGCAGUGUCCCCAGAGAUGGGCGAGAGUCUGUUCCAGCUCUACAUCAGCCUCAAGGAGCUCUACCAGCUGCGUCCAAGCUCCUCAGAGAGGGAUGGAGUCCUGGCCCUCGAUAAUUUCCACCGCUGGUUCCAGCCCGCCAUCCCCUCCUGGCUGCAGAAGACGUACAACGUGGCCCUGGCGCGGGUGCAGCGCGCUGUGCAAAUGGAUGAGCUGGUACCCCUGGGUGAACUGACCAAGCACAGCACAUCAGCGGUGGAUCUAUCCACCUGCUUUGCCCAGAUCAGCCACACUGCCCGGCAGCUGGACUGGCCGGAUCCAGAGGAGGCCUUCAUGAUUACUGUCAAGUUUGUGGAGGACACCUGUCGCCUGGCCCUGGUGUACUGCAGUCUUAUAAAGGCCCGGGCCCGCGAGCUCUCUUCAGGUCAGAAGGACCAAGGCCAGGCAGCCAACAUGCUGUGUGUGGUGGUGAAUGACAUGGAGCAGCUGCGGCUGGUGAUCGGCAAGUUGCCCACCCAGCUGGCAUGGGAGGCCCUGGAGCAGCGGGUAGGGGCCGUGCUGGAGCAGGGGCAGCUGCAGAACACGCUGCAUGCCCAGCUGCAGAGCGCGCUGGCCGGGCUGGGCCAUGAGAUCCGCACUGGCGUCCGAACCCUGGCCGAGCAGUUGGAGGUGGGCAUUGCCAAGCACAUCCAGAAACUGGUGGGCGUCAGGGAGUCCGUCCUGCCUGAGGAUGCCAUUCUGCCCCUGAUGAAGUUCCUGGAGGUGGAGCUUUGCUACAUGAACACCAACUUGGUACAGGAGAACUUCAGCAGCCUCCUGACCCUGCUCUGGACCCACACGCUCACAGUGCUGGUAGAGGCGGCUGCCUCCCAACGCAGCUCGUCCCUGGCUUCCAACAGGCUGAAGAUUGCCCUGCAGAACUUGGAGAUCUGCUUCCACGCUGAGGGCUGUGGCCUGCCGCCCGAGGCUCUGCACACUGCCACCUUCCAGGCUCUGCAGAGGGACCUGGAGCUGCAGGCGGCCUCCAGCCGGGAGCUCAUCCGGAAGUACUUCUGCAGCCGCAUCCAGCAGCAGGCAGACACCACCUCUGAGGAGCUGGGGGCUGUGACAGUCAAGGCCUGCUACCGCGCCUCUGAGCAGAAGCUGCGUGUGGAGCUGCUCAGCGCCUCCAGCCUGCUUCCCCUGGACUCCAACGGCUCCAGCGACCCCUUUGUCCAGCUGACCUUGGAGCCCAGGCAUGAGUUCCCUGAGCUGGCUGCCCGGGAGACCCAGAAGCACAAGAAGGACCUUCACCCACUGUUUGAUGAGACCUUUGAAUUCCUGGUGCCUGCCGAGCCGUGCCGCAAGGCUGGGGCAUGCCUCCUGCUCACCGUGCUGGACUACGACACGCUGGGGGCCGACGACCUGGAAGGCGAGGCCUUCCUGCCGCUGUGUGAGGUGCCCGGGCUGAGUGGCUCUGAGGAGCCUGGUGAGGUGCCUCAGACCCGCCUGCCCCUCACGUACCCCGCACCCAACGGGGACCCAAUCCUGCAGCUGCUGGAGGGCCGGAAGGGUGACCGAGAGGCCCAGGUCUUUGUGAGGCUGCGGCGGCACCGGGCCAAGCAGGCCUCCCAACAUGCCUUGCGGCCUGCACCGUAGCCGUAGAGGUUUGCGGUGGGGCUGGGUCCCUGGUGGGGACCUGCAAGGGCUUUCCUGUAGGGUCUGGGGCUUCCCAGUCACAGCAUGGCCUUCCAGCUUGGCCUGACACCUGGGGAGCCCCAGCAUGCGGAGCGUCCAGAGUGCAGACUCCCCUGCCUUCCACGGUGAUGGGGGCUCAGCAGCGGUAUCUCUACUCCCACCCGCCUGCCUCCAGCCCUGGCUGCAAUGUCUCCACCACACCCUAGCCCCAGGGGGAGCAAACCCUGCCCCUGCCCCCCUUUCGGAAAAGCUGCUCUGGUGGGCAGGGGAUUGGGCCAUCUGUCUCCUGGCCCAUCUGCCUCCUAGCCUUCCUGUUCCAGCCACUGGGGUGGGGGCCAGGUUCACUGGAACCAGGGCUACAGGUGCAGAGUCUCCUGGGGAAGGGAGGAGGACCCUGCCAAAGAUGAGGCUCCAGCUGCCCUGAGGGGAGGGUGGUGGCCAUUACUAGAGGGAGCCUGGGUCCUCUCCCCAGGGGCUGCCAGCAUCCAGGCCAGGAGGCCUGGAGCCAAGAACCUUCUGGCUCUGAGGGAGCAAGAGCUGGCAGGCGGCGGGGCUGGCACGGACAGACGGAAGCAGAAAGGACAGUUUGGCCGCUGUGUCUGCUACGCAUGCCUCCUCCCCAGAAAGCACCUGCCACCUAGAAACUUUCUUAGCAAAAAAAAUAAAAUCAAUCCUUUGUCCUCUUAAAA